GGUCUUGGGCUGGAGGCUAUGGGCACUUGGGGCGCGUGGCCUGGAGUGCUGCCGCCGUCGGUGCCAGCCGCUUGUUGUUGGGGUCCGGUGUGAAGUGUGGGUGGUCGGACUUAAGCGUGGGGUGGGAUGGACUGGCUGCAGAACCUAGUCCCCUGCAGUCAGCGGGAGAAUGAGGCGGAGUGAUGCCCAGCACGAAACUAGUGAUCGGAGCCCUCCAUUCGGACCGAGCGCCGCCGGGGGCUGCGUUCCAGAGCUGAGAGCCCCUUCCGGGGCUUGGGAUCUUGGCACGCUGUCGGUGGGAGGUCCCCAAGGACGGAGUCGAAAGGUCACUUCUUACCUGUCAGUGCUGGGGGACAGCAUCGCGGCCGGACCUGCAGAAUCUCAACUCGCAGAUUCGUAAUGCCUCCUGCUUACCUCUUUCAAGAUGGAGGAGAAAUCUGUGGGAGAACCUACUCAAGUGGUGUCUAAAGUCAAACUUUCCACAAAAGUAGAAAACCCAGGACACUGGCUGGUGGAUGAUCACGCUCGAAUAUGGGAAGUUUUAAAGACAGAGGAGAGCUCGAUUCAGGACUGGGGUGAAGAGGUAGAGGAAGGAGCUGUUUACCAUGUCACCCUCAAAAGAGUCCAGAUUCAACAGGCGGCCAAUAAAGGAGCAAGAUGGCUAGGGGUUGAAGGGGACCAGCUGCCUCCAGGACACACAGUCAGUCAGUAUGAGACCUGUAAGAUCAGGACCAUCAAAGCUGGCACACUGGAGAAGCUUGUGGAGAACCUGCUGACAGCUUUUGGGGACAACGACUUUACCUACAUCAGCAUCUUCUUGUCAACAUAUAGAGGCUUUGCCUCGACCAAGGAAGUUCUGGAGUUGCUACUGGACAGGUAUGGAAACUUGACAGGCCCACAUUGGGAAGACGAUGGAAGCCAAAGUUCACCUGAGUCUAAGGCCGUGAUCCGGAACGCCAUUGCUUCCAUCCUGAGGGCGUGGCUUGACCAGUGUGCGGAAGACUUCCGGGAGCCCCCUCACUUCCCCUGCCUGCAGAAGCUGCUGGAGUAUCUCAAACAGAUGAUGCCUGGCUCCGACCCAGAGAGGAGAGCACAAAACCUUCUUGAACAGUUUCAAAAGCAGGAUGUGGAUUCUGACAAUGGACUUCUCAACACCAUCUCCUUCAGCCCGGAAGAGGAAGAGGAACUGGAGAGUGGAGGGUCAGCAGAACUCACGACCUUCUCAGAAGACCUCGUGGCAGAGCAGCUGACCUACAUGGACGCACAACUGUUCAAGAAGGUCGUACCGCACCACUGCCUGGGCUGCGUUUGGUCUCGGCGGGAUAGAAAGGAAAACAAGCAUUUGGCCCCUACCAUCCGGGCCACCAUCUCUCAGUUCAACGCCCUCACCAAGUGUGUGGUCAGCACCAUCCUGGGGAGCAAGGACCUCAAAACCCAGCAGCGAGCCAGAGUCAUCGAGAAGUGGAUCAACAUUGCUCACGAAUGUAGAAUCCUGAAGAAUUUUUCCUCCUUGAGGGCCAUCGUUUCCGCUCUACAGUCUAAUUCCAUCUAUCGGUUGAAAAAGGCAUGGGCUGCCGUCCCCAAGGACAGAAUGCUGAUGUUUGAAGAACUUUCAGAGAUCUUCUCUGAUCAUAACAACCAUCUCACCAGCCGGGAACUUCUCAUGAAGGAAGGAACCUCAAAAUUUGCAAACCUGGACAGCAGUGUGAAAGAAAACCAGAAGCGGACCCAGAGGCGCCUGCAGCUGCAGAAGGAUAUGGGUGUGAUGCAGGGCACCGUGCCUUACCUGGGCACCUUCCUGACUGACCUGACCAUGCUGGACACUGCCCUGCAGGACUACAUUGAGGGUGGACUGAUCAACUUCGAGAAAAGAAGAAGGGAAUUUGAGGUGAUUGCCCAGAUAAAGCUCCUACAGUCUGCUUGCAACAGCUACUGCAUGAGCCCAGACCAGAAGUUCAUCCAGUGGUUCCAGAGGCAGCAGCUUCUAACAGAGGAGGAGAGCUAUGCCCUCUCCUGUGAGAUCGAAGCCGCUGCUGACGCCAGCACCACUUCCCCUAAGCCUCGGAAGAGCAUGGUGAAGAGACUGAGCCUACUGUUUCUGGGGUCUGACCUCAUCCCCGGGAGCACCCCCACCAAAGAGCAGCCCAAGUCCACAGCCAGUGGGAGCUCUGGGGAGAGUAUGGACUCAGUCAGCGUGUCAUCCUGUGAGUCAAACCACUCAGAGGCCGAGGAGGGCUCCGCCACACCCAUGGACACACCAGAUGAGCCUCAGAAGAAGCUCUCUGAGUCCUCCUCCUCCUGCUCCUCCAUCCAUUCCAUGGACACGAAUUCCUCAGGGAUGUCGUCCCUCAUCAACCCGCUGUCCUCUCCUCCAGCCUGCAACAACAACCCUAAAAUGCACAAGCGCUCCGUCUCCGUGACGUCCAUUACCUCCACAGUGCUGCCUCCUGUUUACAAUCAGCAGAAUGAAGACACCUGCAUCAUCCGCAUCAGCGUAGAGGACAACAACGGCAACAUGUACAAGAGCAUCAUGUUGACGAGCCAAGAUAAGACCCCCGCUGUGAUCCAGAGAGCGAUGUCAAAGCACAAUCUGGAGUCGGACCCAGCCGAGGAGUAUGAACUGGUACAAGUCAUCUCGGAGGACAAAGAGCUGGUGAUCCCAGACUCUGCAAAUGUCUUUUAUGCCAUGAAUAGCCAAGUGAACUUUGAUUUCAUUUUACGCAAAAAGAGCUCGGUGGAGGAGCAGGUGAAGAUGCGCAGUCGGACCAGCCUGACGAUGCCCAGGACAGCUAAGCGGGGCUGCUGGAGUAACAGACACAGCAAGGUCACCCUCUGAAGGGACAGGGCGAAGCUGAGCACAGCCGUGGUGAUGCCAACCACCCAGGGUUGAGGAUCAUUGCUGAAAGCGCCAGAUACUUAUGGAGCUCAGCUGUGUAGAGAGCACUGCGUGGGGAGAGUGGAAGUGAAUUUAACAUCAAAAGGAUAAAUGGUUCACUGACGCUCUCAGGCCUGAGAGUGAAUACAAAAUGGUUCAUAUUUUAAAAUAUAUAUAUAUACACACACAUAUCGUGUGUGUGUGUGUGUGUGCGUGCGCGUGCGUGCGUGCGUGCGUGCGUGCGUGUGUGUGUGUGUGUGUGUGUGUGUGUGUGUGUGUGUGUGGAUAUACCAGAGGGACUAUACAGGAUAUUUUGGACUAUGGAAAAACCAAUUUGCACAAUGGCCUGGGAAGUUGAGGUCACUUUUUACAGGGAAACAGAAGGGACUGAGCACCUGAUCUCACACCUUCCAAGUAAAUAGAAUCAGACCUGCCAAUACCAAGUGUUCUUCAUGCCAGUAUUACAAGCCCAAGCUCUGAUUUUGUAAAGGGACGAGAGGAUUACUUUCUCAGUCACGUGCCACCAGAUGACCAAACUGCAGAGGUUGGAGUGGCCACAGGCUGCAUGAAAGGCCACCAUGGAAAGGUUCGGAUGAGUCAGUGGUCUCUGCCCUCUGCUGGCGUCUGCUGGAGCUUCAGAGGCCUGCGUGCCUUGCUGGUCCCCAUAACAAUGCUCCAGGGGUCAACACACGCUUGUUUCAAUUCCUGGAAACCCUGUUGUGUUUCUGCCUUCUCUCCUAAAGAACAUACCACAGUCAUUACCGCAUAAGUAGCCUCCGUCUUCUGUGACAUUUCAGCCAGAGAAGAAAGCGCAGAAGAACAGCGGCUCCUCUGGACUCUUCUCCGUCUUGGACCACUCGGCCGCCCUCUGAUGGCCCUUUGCAUGUAAAAGCGUAGUCUGGUCUUUUGCCAUCUGGAACCCCGUACCCCUCUCUUAUGUGCAAUCCGUUCCUCAGGUGUAGACAUUUCUACUGCAGUUGGCUACAUGCAAUCAUUCCGAGCCUGUAAAAGAUUUCUGAGCAGCGGCCUCUCUGUUAAUGACCCCUCAGAAAAUGUCCCCGUUGACUAAUGGUGGCUAAUUUCCACCUUCACUUUUGUAGCAUCCUGUGCUCCAGUCACAGGGAGAGAAAGGGGACUGCGGUGCUGUCUCCGCCCUUUCUCAGAGAGGCGCACCCGUGUAGAUGGGAACAAUAGUGCUCUUCCUUUCUCCCCCCACACUUGCUCUCCCAGCCACACUGGUAGGUGAUGGGUUUUGUUUGUAGUAAUCACAGCACCAUACUCGUGCUUCCGGUCUGAGCUAUGCUGGGAUCUGGAUGAAAAAGCCAUAUGUGACGGAGCUGACAUGUAUAAGAAGCACUUUCAAAUUAUUGUCCCUUUUUAAUUUUUUCUCCAAAUGCCAGUUUUUAUUCCAAAAAUAAAGAGAAUCAACCCAGAAUAUGAUGUCCAGAUUGUAACAGGGAGUUUCUUUUCUAACCCUGUACUAUAGCUCCCCAAGAUGAUGUAGGGGUUGUGUUCUGUAAAUAGCUGUAUGAACUCAACAAGAAACACCGGGAAAAGCUCAGAUGCGUGGCAGUGGACCAAAGCGAGGGCCAGGAAGUCAUGAUUCCCUUGUCUUGCACAUUCUGACACCAGAUGGACCCUGGUGUUUCUCGGAGACUGGCCUGGAGCGUGGAGACCAGCUAGCUUUCAGCUGGUCAUCAGAAGGCACCUUCUGUUGUUUGUGAGCCUUCUUUGGUUAGUGCUUCUGAGCACAGAGGGGAAAUGGCAAGGACUGCAGCCAUCAGGAAGCUGAGGUAAACCUAGCCUCAGCCUGGCUUUCUCAGUGUCAGGGAAUCAGUGCAGAGCUACUGCCCUGGUUUGGGUGUGACUCACAAGACAUACGUGUUAUGACCAUGUGCUCACCCUGUGUAAUUAUACUGUAUAUGUAGAGCCUAGAUUUAUAUACUGCAAUGUAAAAAAAAAAAUAUAUAUAUAUAUAUAUAUAUUUACCUUUUUACAAAAAGACAAUGGAAAUCCCAAGUGGGGUAAAACAUGGCCUCCUUUAUUUAAUGCCACUUCAGUUGUUUUAAUUUUGCUUCUGGGUAAACAGCUGGGUUUUGUUUCCAGCUGCUCGCACGCUUGUCCUUGUGCAUCUCCAGCAUCUGUUUACCUUUUGGUUAAACUAAUAAACCGGUUUGGGACUUGGUUGA